AUUUCGUUUUACAUGCACGAAAUUCCUUGUUUGCUGCAGUGAAAUUCCUCCCACCUGCACGAAAUUUCAUUUUUCCUGCACGAGUUCGUUCUAAAGACCGCACGAGCCAAUCAGAUUACAAGCGAAGUGGGCAAAAUGUGGGCAUGUCGUAGGUGGGCGCAAAAACUAAUUCGUGUACCGGUGGGUAGGUUAUUUACAUAAAUAUCCCCCCGUAUUACCCGCUGUGUUUUUAUUAAUGACAGGGGGGAUUAUUCCUUAAAUUUGUUAUUUAUCCCAUGUAUCACCCCCAUGGGGAAAUUGAGCCGACAAUAACAAAAACAACAUACAAACUACAAAGAGAUUAGAAUUAGAUCAUGAUGGUUUGACCUAACUCUCGAAAAUAUUGAAAAAGUAAAAGUGAUAAUGGAACGAGACAGUGAUUCUAUUCACCUUAUACGGGAUUCAUCGCAUUGUGAACUUGGAAAAUAUGCGAACGUCUUGGUUUUAUACACAGGAGGAACUAUUGGCAUGUAUGGAACAGAAGAUGGGCUAAAAUGCAGAUCAAACAUGGCUGAGUUUCUGAAGAAGCUGCCAAUGCUACACGAUAGCAGCUAUGUUGGGAACGUGAACAGGAAAAGGCCGGAUGUUAGUCGUGAGAAAGAUAUUGUUGAGCUGGUUAUGCCAUUGUCAGAGUAUGGUGUCCGUGUGUUCUACUAUAUUAAAGAAUACGAGCAGAAAAAAGACUCUUCAAAUAUGCAAAUGGAAGACUGGGUUGAUAUUGCAUUGGAUGUGAAAAAUAAUUAUGAAAUAUUUGACAGUUUUAUUGUUCUUCAUGGAACAGACACAAUGUCGUACACUGCUUCAGUGCUGUCAUUCAUGUUCCAAAAUUUGGACAAGUCUGUCAUAUUAACUGGUUCACAGGUCCCCAUAUUUGAACAGAGGAAUGAUGGUAGAGAUAACCUUCUUGGUGCUUUGAUGAUAGCCGGUCAUUUUGUGAUACCAGAGGUUACUUUAUUUUUUCAUGGAAACUUGUACCGUGGAAAUCGAACAACGAAAAUCAAUUCUGGUGAUUUUCAGGCCUUUGAUUCGCCAAAUCUUCCACCUCUGGCAACGAUGGAGGUGAAAAUUGAUGUGCAUUGGGAUGCAAUUUUUCGAAGCAACUCAAGCAAACAGUUCGAAGUGCGGGUCGAAUUAAAUCCAAAUGUCGGUGUCCUCCGGUUAUUUCCAGGAAUUACUGACGCUAUGGUCGAGUCGAUAUGCCGUCCGCCAGUCGAAGGCGUAGUUUUAGAGUCGUUUGGUGCUGGAAACUGUCCAAACCAUCGAACACGUUUCAUUGAAAUCCUAAAAGAAGCCGUCGAGAGAGGAGUGAUCAUUGUCAAUUGCACACAGUGCUUAAAAGGAGCUGUUAUCAAGGCUUAUGAGACGGGAAAGAUUUUGUCCGAUAUUGGUAUUGUGUCGUGUUCUGAUAUAACCCCCGAGGCAGCGCUGACGAAACUCUCCUACAUACUUGGCUUUCGUGAUAUUCCGUUGGCUGAAAAAAAGAGGCUCAUGGAAAACAACAUUCGUGGCGAAAUGACGGUGGCCGUCGAUGAGUCGCAGUUUUCUUUGAAAGACAAUGAUUUCAUUCGUGUCAUUGCCUCCACUCUAAGAGCAAGUUCAGCUAAGGAAAUGCAUUUUAUCCGUAAGGCUUUGUACCCGCUCUUAUUGUGCUCUGCAACGCAAAUUGGACACAUUGACAGUGUAGAGGAAUUAUGUAAAAAGGACAAUGUCGACUGUUCCCUUGUGUAUGAUGACCGCACACCACUACAUAUCGCUGCCGCAAACGGUAAUCUCAAAAUGGUUCAGACGUUACUGGAACACGGCGCGUCUCUGCACAAGGUUGAUAAAUAUGGAGCGACGCCUCUUUUGGACGCUAUAAGAUUUAAAAAGAAUGACGUGAUACGACUGCUUCGUGAUUCCGGUGGACAAGUCGGUCCAGUUGUCGCUGGAAUUGCCACAGAGAUCUGCGUUGCUGCAAGUAGCAAUGACGUCUCACUUUUGGAGUCCUGGAACCUGGCAGGAAUAUCUUUGAACAUACCAAACGCAACAGGGCGCACCCCCCUGCACGAGGCGGUCUGUGCUUUGUGCAAGGAAAGCGUAGAUUACUUAUUGUCCAUUGACGUUGAUCUGAACAUGCGCGAUAACCUCGGCCAAACGGCGCAUGAAUGUGCCAAGUUGAUACAAAGUAGAAUUUUGGGAAAUGAUUCAAAUAUCGAGGAGAAAAAACAGAAAAUAUCGGCCAUUAUCACGGCCUUUGAAAAAAAUAAUUUGCUAAGAAAUGAGCGUAGCAGCACAGGUUAAUUGACUCUUUUCUAUCUCACCAUAGUUAUUAAUCACUACUAAAUCUUGACUUGGAGGGUUGAAAACUAAUAAUAUAGAAGUAAUAUAUUACCAAACUGCUUCAUGUAUAAUGAGCAGUUCACAUUUUUUGCCUUUCUACGCUAUUUCUCUCACCUGACAUCAAGUGUCAACGAAAUGUCGAUACUUGACCAAAACUAAAGGAGGAAACAGAAGAAAAUAUUCUUUUCAAGAUGUAAAUUG